AUGGUACAUGAUCAUAUAAAAAUUGGGAAGAAAACUAUUCCAAAUUUAAAUUUGAAACAAGAUCUUGAAUCACACACUAAAAAACCGCUUAGAAAUGGUCCAAGGAAAGUUGCUCUAAAGCAACAUCAUAAUUCUCAAAAUAUGUGCCCUCAAUUUUUAAAUGAGUUAGAAUCAUCAUUUUAUUGUAAUAGCGAUAAAAUAGUUCACAUCUAUGGAAUAACACAAGACCCGAAAACAAAAGAUUAUAUGAUCGUAAUGCAUCUUGUUGAACAGGGCAACUUACGAUCUUAUAUUCGUGAAAAUUCUAAUAAACUUACUUGGAUAAAAAAAAUCAAAAUCUUGCUUGAUAUUGCACAAGGAAUUCAUUCUAUUCAUCAAGCUGGCUUGUGUCACAAGAAUAUUCAUACAGGCAACUUGUUAUAUGAUAAUGAUGUUGUGUUAAUAAGUGAUUUGGGUGUUUCUGGACCUGCUGAUAAAUUAUGCGACUAUAACGAAGCUAUUGGUGUUAUUCAAUACAUGGCUCCUGAAAUAUUACGUGGAAAACCAUAUACUAAAUCCGCUGAUAUUUAUGCUUUUGCUAUUGUUAUGUCUGAAAUUGCUUCUGAACGUCCGCCAUUCGUUGACAUUCCACGUGACAAUUUUAUGAACUUGGUAUACGAUUUAUGUGAUGGUUACAGACCACUUAUUAAGAAUUAUUUACCAAAAUGCUUUGAAACCUUGAUGAUACAAUGUUGGGACGAUGAUGAAUUUAAUCGUCCUCAUGCACGACAGUUGGUUGAUAAAUUGUUCGAAUGGUAUAAUGAAAUUCGUAAUAAUACCAAUUCGGAAAUUUGUUUGCAAUUUAAGACUGCCGAUGAACAUAGACAAUUGAGAUUAAAACUUCCUUUAUAUAAAUAUGACAUAUAUAAAAGUCGGCGAAUAAGAACAACUGAUCUCGGUGAUGAUAUAAAUUUUUCUGGAGAUGGCUACCACGGUUAUGGGAAUGAUUUUCCAGCGUUACUUGUGCGUGAAUCUGGAGAUGGUCUAGAGGAUGAAGAAGAUUUAAGGGAAUAUGAACAUGUUUCAAUGCAAAGGAAUGACUUUCUCUCAUGGCUAGAAAAUGUUGAAGAUGAAAUGCCAAAUUUACUCGAUUAUAAAUUUUAG